GUCACUGAUCUGCAUACCUCUGCUACAGUCCUGUAACGCUUUUGACAUUCAGCCCUUCUGAUAUUUUGUUGACUGCAGAAUCGUCUUCACAAAAAUUCUCCAAGCAACCAUGGAGGCAGUCCAGACGGGCGACAAGCUCAUGGAGGCAAUCGCCUCAGCGGAUGAGUCCACUCUUCGCGCAGUUCUGCGCGGCCUUUGCGCUAGGCGUGAGGUUGAACAACUCAUCGGCAAGCAUUUUUAUGAACUGAACAAGUUCAACGCGGCCAAGGGAAGAAGUUCUGACUCCAAACGGAAAGCGACGUCUCCCGUUCAUAUCUGCGUUGAAUGUGGCCAGGCUUUUGAGGAAGACGACAAUAAGAAGGAAUGUCGCUUCCACUCAGAGGAAAUGGAACUCGACGAGAAUUCGUCCAUAUGGGCUGACUAUGACGAGAAUUGCUUUGGCGUGAUGGAUUCGGAAGAGAACCGUAAUAAUCCUGACACCCUCGGGGGAUUCGUUUAUCCAUGCUGCAACAAGCGAGCCGAUGAGGCAGAAGGGUGUCAAUUGGGUUACCACCGGGCCGCUAACAGCAAAAGAGGAAGGGUUGAUGUUGAUGAUUCGGCCGAUCAGAAGGACGAAGGGGAGGACGACGAAGAGCAAGAGAAGGACGAGUGCCAUGGAGAACAAUUCCAAGGACGAGAAGCUCGCAGAGGCAAUCAACAACAACAACAACAACAACAACAACAACAACAACAACAACAACAACAACAACAACAACAACAACAACAACAACAACAACAACAACAACAACAACAACAACAACAACAACAACAACAACAACAGAAAACACUGCCGCUUUUAUUGAAGCAAAUAAAGUCAGCAACGUUUUGCAACCUCCCUGUUACAAAUGUCUAA